CACAAAUGUAGGCUGUAUCUUUGAAAGAUCGGACACAAGAGCAACCCCGCGUUCCGGUGCUAUAGCCUACAUCGUGCCGUCUAUUGCCAUAAAUACUAAAAAUUGUUCGUGCCAAGGAGUGUGUUCUGUCUUUCCCAAUCUCUUAAGAACUUUGUGGCUGUUGUUUGUGGCACAGGCUGCCACUUCUGUGUAUGACUGAAUGCGCAAUGCCUGCUUUAUCCGUGCUCUCGUUUUUGGAAUUCUUCGAUGUUAAAUUUUGUUCAGUUUUUCUCGUGUUUUUAAUAUUUGCCGACAUUUUAAAAAACAAACCCCAGAAGAACUUCCCCCCAGGCCCGUUGUCAUUACCUAUUGUCGGUGACCUCCUUCGCAUCGAUCCUUUUAAACUCCAUCUUCAGAUGGCAAAGUUUAAGGACCAAUAUGGAGAUAUUUUUAGUCUUCGACUUGGACGAAGGAUUGUUGUUCUGAAUGGUUUCAAACUAAUCAAAGAGGCAUUUGUUCAACAUGGUGAAAACUUUGUGGAUCGGUCAUCAUUACCAUCAAUCACAGACAUCAACCAAAACAAUGGUUUGGUUUUCUCCAAUGGCUAUAUGUGGAAGCAGCAGAGAAGGUUUGCUCUCAUGACUCUGAAGAAUUUUGGAGUGGGCAAGAGGAGUCUUGAGUCCUCCAUCCAGGUGGAGUGUAAGUGGCUGAAUGAAGCCAUGGGAAAUGAACAAGGCCAACCAUUUGAUCCUCAGUUCACUGUUAACAAUGCUGUCUCUAACAUUAUCUGUUGCCUGGUGUUUGGAGAUCGGUUUGAGUAUGGUGAUGACUACUUCCAAAAUCUGCUGAGAUUAAUAAAUGAAGUCAUCUAUUUACAUGGAAGCAUAUGGGCUCAGACGUACAAUGUCGUUCCCUGGAUAAUGCGAAGGUUACCAGGACCCCACCAAAAAAUCUUCUCCCAUUCUGAAAUGCUGAUAAACUUUGUUAAAUUGAAAAUUAAGGAACACAGAGGUGACUGGGACCCGUCAGCUCCCAGAGACUACAUUGACUGCUUCCUGAGUGAGAUGGAAAAGGUUGAAAAAGAUGUAGAGGCAGGUUUUAAUGAGGAGAAUUUGUGUAUCUGCACACUGGAUCUAUUUGUGGUAGGAAGUGAGACCACAUCAACCACACUGUAUUGGGCUCUACUGUACAUGAUCAAGUAUCCCGAUGUACAAGAGAAGGUCCAGGCUGAGAUAGACAGAGUGAUUGGGCCACAACGCCAGCCAUUCAUGGCAGACAGAGCCAACAUGCCCUACACUGAUGCUGUGAUCCAUGAAAUACAGAGGAUGGGAAACAUUGUGCCCCUUAAUGUGCCUAGAACGGCCAUCAAGGACACCACACUUGGAGAGUAUACCAUACCAAAGGGUACAAUGGUGUGGGGAAUUUUAACAUCUGUACUGUUUGAUGAGUCUGAAUGGGAGACUCCACACAUCUUCAAUCCAGGACAUUUCCUGGAUGGAGAGGGGAACUUCAGAAAGAGAGAUGCCUUCAUGGCAUUCUCAGCAGGUAAGAGGGCGUGUCCAGGCGAGCAACUCGCUCGGAUGGAGUUGUUCCUCUUCUUCACCUCUCUUCUCCAGAGAUUCACCUUCUCUCCUCCCCCAGGAGUGGAGCCCAGUCUGGACUUCAGAAUGGGAAUGACACUCUGCCCAAAGCCUUACAAGCUCUGUGCCACCUCCCGCUGAACGUAACCCUGUUUGGCCAUGGACACCUAAUGCAGCAUUUCAGUCGAUAACCUAUGCAGAAAUGCCUUUUGGUAAAUUAAGCUUUUGCUUGGGCAAGAGUGGGUCAUACCUUUUCACUUCUGUGCACUGCGUGAAAUGAAAACUUUCGCAAGAUGAUUGCUGCAUGUUGUAGUGUAUGAUGUCAAAAUGGGGUUAAUUAACAAAAUUAAGUGUGAACAGCAAAGUUUUCUCAGGGCCAACCUUAAUCUAGCAGAUUUCAUGAAAUUCACAGCAGAAUGUUUAUUAUGAUUCUGACACCAAAUAAAAGAAGCCUAUAUAUA